ACCUGAAAUCACAGCUGACUGCAGGAGAGAGGAGAACCAUUUUAAAGUUUGGCUGCAGCACGAUGAUUGGCUGCUGGAGGUUGAGGUGAAAUGUAAUAGGUUGAAGAGAACUGCAGCUGCGGAAUGAAUUCAUAUAUACCCAUCAGUCUUCCUGAAAUAACUUGCGCUGAGCUUCAUAUAAUCAUGGGUGCAUGGAUCUGAUGUUGUUGUUCUAUUACUGCUCUCACAUGUGACAAGUGAUCAGUGACAAGUUUUCCUUUUGGAAUUUAGUUGUGUUUCGACUUAUCUCUUUGGCAAAAGUUGCAAAUAGACAGUGUUCCCGACGAAGGACAGGAGACAGCUGUUGCUAUUAAUAACCUCAACCCUCUUACCCACCACGCGACCCCUCUGCCUCACAACAGCUAGCCUGGGUUUCGGCAACAGAGGAAAUAACAAAGCAGCAGCCACAGAAGAGUCUAAACAGUGACCUGCAGAGCUGUUAGACUGCAGCUCUCAACAACAACCACGACUCUGACGAAACAAACGGGGAUAAAAACCGGGAACCAUGAAGACACUGCGGUUUAUUGCUGCUGAGGGCUUCGUGCAGAGUGGUCCCAGUGCUCUGGAGAACCUAAACUGCAUGUCUUUCAACCUCUACCCGCUCCUCUUCAAGGCCUGUUAUCUGCUGGAGCAGGCGGACGUGCUGCGUGCUUUGGUGCAGACAUGGCCUCUUCCUGUGCUCGAUUUACAGAGGCUGCUUGGAGCCACAGCCGACUGUCAGACGGACCUCACCUCCCGCACCUGCCGCCUCUGUCUGGAGGCCAUUAUAACUGGCUUAAAGGAUUAUGUGCUGUCUCCUCCAAGAACCUACGCCAAGAACCUGCGUGUGGUGGACCUGACAGGCCUGAGGGAUGUGGAGCACCACACCUGCCCCUGCCGGUCCACCCUGGGUCGAUGGGGAAGAACCAAGCUCCUGACACAAGUGUGCUUCGAGACCAUGGUGACCAUGCAAGCCAGCGAAGUGCCACAAUCUGCCUUUGAAACCUCUAUUGAGGUCCGUCUGAACGGCUUUGUCACGGGCCGCAGCUAUGAGCUGGUGGCUCAGGCCUUCCUCGUCCUCCGCUACUGUCCUCUGAAGAUGCGCUUUGUUAGUUUUCGGGCUGACACCCUCACUCUCAAGCAGCUGUUUUAUGUUCUUCGCCUGGCAGAACCUGACAGCAUUGAAAAGCUGGAGAUAGUCCACAAUGUUCCCCUGCAGGCUGCACACUUGGAAGUGCUGCUGUCCAAGGUGGAACUUUCCAGAUUGCAGUCUUUGACCCUUCCGGCCGGGGCGUUGGAUGUCAGGAGGUUGGGCCCUGAUGAGGACGACAUCAUGUCCAUCAUCGGGAAUCUGCUGGCCCAACUGAGCAGCCUGACCGAGCUCUAUGUUGGCUUCUCCACUCUAACUGGACACAUACGCAGACUGCUUAAUCCUCUCAACACACCGCUGCAGUGCUUGGAUGUGGCCAACUGCUACCUGAACCGUGUGGACAUGACCUAUCUGUCCAACAGCCUCCACAGCGAGUUCCUGGUCAGCCUGGACAUCAGCGGACACGACAUCUUCAGCUCUUUCUACUCCUGUUUCGACAAACUGCUCGGCCGCUGCUCAGCCACAUUGACCAGCCUGGCCGUAGAAGAGUGCAACAUCGAGGACGAGCACAUGGACGACUUCAUUCACACUCUGGCUCGCUGUCAGAUGCUGGAGGAGCUCAGACUCCUGGGAAACCCUCUGACCUCUGCAGCCCUGUACAGGUUAUUCUCCAUGCUAUCUGCAGGCUUUCCUAACUUAAAAUACAUCGAGGUACCAGUUCCCAGAGAGUGCUACUCAGAGGAUGUCACAUACCCUCUGGAGGAUUCAGACCUCCUGGUGUACAACAACGAGUUGUUUCAGGAAGUCAAUGCCCAGCUGAUGGGGAUCCUGGAAGGAGCAGGGAGAGGGAGUGUGGAGGUGUGCACCCCUCUCAUGGGGGCGUACGACCCAGAUAUUAACGAAACCAGCAACGAGUUGGGAGUGUCCAUGCUGCAGUCUUAUAACAACGUCCUUGGGGACUUUAUUAGUAGCAUAACUGAAGUGGACAACAGGAGAUCACAGGCUCAGAAAAAUGCUGAAUAGAUUUGACUGUGGAGAGGUCAAGUAUACAGCAAAGGGAUAUGAACUCAGAUUGUUGAGAUUAAUCUAGACAUUGUGGAAAGCAGAUCAGAGUCUUUAACCAUUGCAGAAAUAACUUGUUGACAAUGAUCGAAAAUCACAGAAACGUCUUCAUUGUAACUAGUAAACUAUUAUUAAGCUAUACUAUAUUUACCGCGUUUUAUAUCUUUUAGGGUGCAGGUGGGGACGUAUUUAAGUUUCAGAGGAAAAAAACACGAUUGGAAUACAAGUUUUUUUAUGUACUUUACAAGAAAAAAAAUGUAUUAAAAUUAUUGAUCUGUCCUUUGUUUUUUUAUGUUAAAAAAAUGGUAAUAUCAGUUAGAUUUGGUUAGGUCAGAGUUGAGAAACAUAAAACAUCCAUGUUUACGCUCUAAAUCAAAGCCUUCCUGACACUGGUGCAAACUUUCGUCACUGUUCCUAUUCAUGAGUGAAGGGAAAACCCGAGUACAGAUAUACUAGACUUGAUUUAUUAACACCAUAUACAGGGUUUCAAGUCUAGAAGUCAUCUCAACAGAAGAUCAUUGUUUUCUUCUCAGCACUUCCUAUAGUCUGUAUGCCAAACAUAUGUGCAGAGCAGAUAGAUGUGGCUGCUGUAACGGUUGUGGUAGAUACUUGAAGUUUGUCUAGGAUUCUUUCUAAACUGUAUUUAUCAUGUCUAUAUUUGUGUUUUAAUGCUGUAUAUAACUGGAUUUGCUAAUGUGAACAGCAUAACUUUGCAACAAUCAGAAAAGUAUGCUUGUAAUGGUUUCCCUUUGUCAUACCAAUAAAUCAAACCUCCAAAUAC